UGCAAAAUGUUCCCCAGGCCAGUUUGUAUUGAUGAUUUUGAAAAAUAUGCGAAAAACGUUCUUCAAAAGUCUAUCUAUGAUUACUAUCGAUCUGGUGCUAAUAACCAAGAAACUUUAGCUGAUAAUAUUGCAGCAUUUUCAAGAUUGAAACUAUAUCCCCGGAUACUCCGGAAUGUUGCUGAAGUAGACCUGACCACCUCUGUUUUGGGACAAAGGAUCAAUAUGCCUAUAUGUGUUGCAUCUACAGCCAUGCAAUGCAUGGCCCAUGUGGAUGGGGAGAUUGCUACUGUGAGAGCAUGCCAUUCUGUGGGAACGGGUAUGAUGCUAAGCACCUGGGCUACCUCGUCCAUUGAAGAAGUUGCUCAGGCUGCCCCUGAUGGAACUCGUUGGAUGCAGCUCUACAUCUACAAAGACCGGGAAAUCACCAAACAAAUUGUGAAGAGGGCUGAGAGGAAUGGCUACAAGGGCAUAUUUCUGACUGUAGACACCCCUUACCUGGGAAAUCGCUUUGAUGAUGUACGCAACAGGUUCCAAUUACCCACACAUCUCAGGAUGAAAAAUUUUCAAACCAACGAUUUGGCCUUUUCUUCUGAGAAGGGUUAUGGAAACAACAGUGGCCUUGCAGAGUAUACAGCUAAAGCAAUUGAUUCAUCACUUAACUGGAAGGAUAUUACCUGGCUGAAAAAAAUGACAACCCUCCCAAUUGUUGCCAAAGGCAUCCUCCGAGCUGAUGAUGCCAGGGAAGCUGUGGAAUAUGGCGUUGAUGGGAUAUUGGUGUCCAAUCAUGGUGCUCGCCAACUGGAUGGCGUGCCUGCUACUAUUGAUGUCCUGCCUGAAAUUGUCAAGGCUGUGGAGGGAAAGGUGGAGGUAUUUUUGGAUGGAGGUGUACGUAAAGGAACGGAUGUGCUGAAAGCCCUUGCUCUUGGGGCCAAGGCAGUAUUUGUAGGGAGACCUGUCAUCUGGGGAUUGGCUUAUCAGGGAGAGAAAGGAGUGAAGGAGGUUCUGGAAAUGCUGAAAGAAGAAUUCCGGUUGGCCAUGGCUCUUACGGGGUGCCGGAAUGUAAAAGACAUUGACAAGACAUUGGUGAGGACAAGUCCGUUGGUUGUUUCCAAGAUCUGACAGUGCACACUAUUUUCUCAUCUGUAUUCUUUCUUUCAGCAUGUGGUUCUUGACAAAGAGACACUGUGCAGAGGGUGACCGUACUGUGUAAUUUUGAGCCACCAUACAAAGAGCGUCGUUCUUCCCCAACAAAAUAGAACCCCCUUUUAGUUCAUUGCUAUUGACUUUUCAAUGGGUGUCCCAAGAUCAUUUAAAAAUGCACUUGCAUCCUAGGAAUAUAUUAACUGUUAAAAAAGAAAACAUCGAAAAUGAGUUUAAACAACUCAAAUUCUCUGGAAAGGUAAAAGAUGUAAUUUGGCAAAAUUUGGAGCAUCCACUACUGACAAACAAAUAACUGAACAGAGGUGUUCACUCAAGCAAAUUGGUGGAGGUAGACUACAAAUUGUGUCUUAAGUCUGAGAUCAUGAACUUAAGGAUAGAUUGGAGGCAGGGCUGUGAAAUUGAUUGGAUGAAUAAAAAGCAGUCUGCAUUAUUUAGGAGUGUGUCACUUAAUGGCAUAUGAUGAGGAGUUUGCUUGUUUUACAACUGAAACCCUCUCUUGUCCAUGGUCUACUCUCCCUUUUUCUCUUCUGGGUACUAAAGAUCUAUAUUACCUUAAUUCUUUUGAUCUUUCCUGAUGACUUUGCUACCUUUGUUGUUUUCUUAUUUUCCAAAUUAUCUGUUACUAUUACAGCCUUGGAGGAUUGACCCCAAAUCUCCAGGCUACAAGGGACAUUAGAAGCUAUCCAGUACAUGUUGUCCAAGGAAAGGAAUAUCUUCUACAAUAUUUUUGAAAAGCUGUCAUCCAGGUUCAGUUUUUAAAAGGAAAAUGCGCACUACCUGUCAAAAUUAUGAGAGGUUGGAUUUUUUUUUUUCUCCUGAGAAAAGUCACUUACUCCAGUCCCCCAAGGGUUAUAGAAGAACCCUUUGAAGUAUAGCAAAAUGAAAAUAUUGGAGGAUUAAUUACUGCCUGAAAAUAGUACAAAUGUUGUAGAUCUUUCGUCCACUUUUCAAACUGGGAUGACACCAUUCAUUAAUCUAACCUUAUAAAAUUCACUAGCUCAGAGGCUUACUUUACCUGAUUUUUAAAAAAAUGUGACUAUACCUAGAGAAUUUUGUUUUCAAGUGUAUAGAGCAAAUACUGUAGUUGCUUGUACUAUAGGAUUUGAAUCAGAUUUUUUUCCUUUUUUUUGUAAGCUGGAAGGGACCUUACAGAGUAACCCUCUCAUUUUACAUAUGAGGAAACUGAGGUCUGGGAAGUCUAUGUGACUUACCGAGGUCACACAGAUAGGAAGCAGCAGAGCUCAGAUCAUAUCAAUUCAUCUUUUUAAAAAAUGAGUCAAUCAACAUCAAUAUAUUAAUAAAUCAAUUGUCCAAAAUAUCCUAUUAUAUACUAAGAACUAUGCUGGAUAUAAAAGUAUUCAAUGUGGUACAUACUAUGUCACAAAGUUUCAUUUUUUUUACUAAAUAAUACAUGUAAUUUUAGUACCUAAAACCUUUAGAGAUUAAUUACUUCAAUGCUCUUUGUGGAAAUAAUAAAAUAGAGAGACUAAUUGACUGGUCCAAGGUUUCCUAGCUUAUCAGUGACAAAGCUGUGACUAGAAACAAAAUCUCUUGACCACUACACCAGCACUUUACUACUACCUCCUUUUUCUAGACUAUAUUUAACUAAGAAAUAAGUGAUUUCCUGGGAACUUGUCCAGAAGGAUCAAAGAACCUCCUCAAAAUUAUAUAAAUGGAGAACUAAGAACAGAGCUCAUGAAAUGUGUUUCUCUUCUUUUGUUUAGUCCAAAGAACUGUACUUCCAUUUCCAUUUUAUGGAUUCAUGCUUCUAUUUCUUUUCUUUCUUUCUUUCUUUUUUGUGGGACAAUGGGGAUUAAGUGACUUGCCCAGGGUCACACCCCUAGUAAGUGUCAAGUGUCUGAGGCCGGAUUUGAACUUGGGUCCUCCUGAAUCCAAGGCCAGUGCUCUAUCCACUGCACCACCUAGCUGGCCUCCCCCCCAUGCUUCUAUUUCAAUGUGGAUUUUCACAGAAAUUUUCAGUGUGAGACUAUGUCUACAGGGUUGUGCUGGUAAAUGUUUAAGAAUUGGAUCUCUAGAAGGAAAAAAAAAGUGUGCACAGCAAACUUUCAAGUUUAAUCUUUGUUAUUAAUAUUUUCUCCAUCACUUUAUUGUGUGUAGAUAAUUAAACAAUAACUCAAGCUCUGGUUUUUAGCAUUUGCCAAUUUCCAAGGUAUAAACCUUCCUUAUUUCUUUUGUGUCUCUAACACCACUUAUGUGUACUCAUAUCUCUUAUGGAAACAUUAUGAAAAAUCAUGAGCAGAUUUGAAGAAUAUGGAGAAGUGAAAAUAAAACAUAAUGAUGUUUAUAUCUCUCACUGUCCCUUGCUAUAAGCAGUUCUUUCUUGGAGAAGCUGUUCAAUCUUUAAACAUAUUCUCUAUCUUUAUAAUAGAAAGAAAAUGUUUUGUCAAAGGAAAUGUUUUGAAAUCUAUAAAAUGAGUAUUGUGAUCUACAUAAAAUAAUGAGAAAAAUAGCUAAAGUCAAACUCAAGGGAGUACCUGUAUUCAUAGCUUCUUAGAGUUAUAAGGGAGUUUAGAGAUUGUCUUGAGCAAAGCUCUCUUUUUACACAUGAGGUAACAAACAUUCUCCUUUGUAAAAGAUCAUCUCUAAUCUCUUAUUUCUAGGCAAUGUUAGCAUUAGGGCUAGAACAUGUAUCCUAUUUCCCAAUUCGUAGUCUAGUGCUUUUUCCCAUUUUAUUUCCCAUCCAACCCAAACCAAUAGGUGUUUAUUAAUCACUUUCUAUGUGAAAAGUGUUAGGGAUACAAAGACAGAAAUAAAAAACCACCCUUGCCCACAUGGGGUUUAUAUUCUACAUACAUUCCCCUGUAUAGAAAUUCAGUUAACUCUAGGUAAAUCUUCUCUUUUCCCAUAUUAGAACAGAUAUGUCACAGCCUAUGGGCACUUUGUACUCCCAGUUCUGUGGCCAAAGACAGUCCUACUGUUUUUGUUUGACACCUUUUAGUGCCUAUCAAAGCCAUGCAUUAAUAUUUUGACUGUCUAGACUGUUAGGGAAUGGCUGUCCAGACUAGCAGGGGAAAGAGAUUGACCCUUCCUUGGAGUCUUAUAUAAACAGAACUCCCAGAGAGAAUAUGGGAAGGGGGCUAUGAAGUGGAAUCCUUCCUGCUCUUUUAUGCCUGGAGAACAUGAAUUCCCUGGCCUGUAUGGAAGAAUUGAGCUAAACAGUAUUGAUGUUUCCUCGCGUGCAAUUUUCAAACUGUAUCCAUGUCAGCACUGUGUUAUUCAUUCAUUUGUUUAUCUUGCCAAAACAUUGAAGUUUGUGAAAUAGCCUUGAGCACAGUGAUGGGAUAGUGUAACAUGAAAGGAAGUUGUGGCUUGAUCUCAAGCAGAGAGAAAAAGACUUUCCUCUUCAUUGUAAAAUUCUUUCUUUAUUUACUGCCUGGUGGACUGUGUUGCAUGACAGUUGCAUAGCAACAAAAUAAAGUUUGUCUGUUUAAGGAAACCUGAAUGUUUCUCAUAGCAUAAAGACAGCAAAUGCUUUCUGUUUACUCAACUUAUAUUUGCUACAAUGUGGACUGUGUCACAUGUCAAUUAUGGAACAACAACAGAAUGAUAGUUUAUUUUAGAUAAUAUAAAUGUUACUCAAAAGAUAGAGAAGGAUGAUAUCGUAUGUUUACAUGUUGGGGAUUAUUUCUAUGGUUUAAAAGAUGUGAUUUCCUGUCCUUAUCCCAAUCCUUCUUGAGCAAUAGGCACCUUCCUUCCUCUGUGCUCUGAGGGUCCAUAGUUGGGGAAAAAGAAAACAUUGUUGCUUAAUUAACUGUUAUUCUAAUAAAAUAACGAAUUUAUUCAUGAA